ACUGUUAUCGAGUGGUUGUCUGUUUCGACGACAUAACCUUGUGAUAUUCUGAAAAAGUGUAAUGAAACUGGCAUUCGUAACUGGGUCAAACAAAGGCAUUGGAUAUAGCAUUGUUGAAAAGCUUGCAGAAUUUUAUGGGACGUCAGGAGAGUGGGAUAUUUAUCUAACAGGUAAGAAGUUGUUGGUUGAUAAUUUAACAGCUCGAAAUGUUGAGCUUGGUCAGGAAGCUGUGGAGAAGCUCAGUAACAAGGGCCUGGAUGUUAAAUUUCAUCAGCUAGAUAUAACUGAUCGAGAUAGUCGAAAAGCGUUCCUAACAUUUGUAAAGAGAAACUAUCCUAAUGGAAUCAACAUUGCAGUGAAUAAUGCUGGAUUUGCCUACAAAGUUUUUGUUUUUUAUUUUAUAUUAUUCAAAGGUUAACUCCACUGCUCCCUUUGGCGAGCAAGCACGAGUUACGGUGAACACCAACUUCACAUCAACCAUUGAUUUCACGGAAGAGUUCAUUCCUUUGUUAGCUAAACAUGCUAGGGUUGUCAAUGUAUCUAGUUCUGUUUCUCUAACCAGUCUCAAGAAACUUAGUGAUGAUCUUUACGAAAAGUUCGUUAGUCCAAUAAAUCUUUUGGAACUUCGAAAGCUCGUCUCCGAGUUUGUAAAGUCCGCUGAGGAUGGCACUUAUUCUGAAAAAGGUUGGCCACAAAAUGCUUAUGGUGUGUCUAAGAUGGGCCUUACAAAGGCUUCAUUUAUUUUCGGUGAAAUGCUGAAAGAUGAUCCAAGAGGGAUUGUGAUAAAUUCGUGUUGUCCUGGUUAUUGCGAUACUGAUAUGACUAGUCACAAGGGAACCAAAACAGCUGAUGAGGGUGCUGAUACACCUUUUUACUUGGCCACUUUACCUAUUGAAUCAAAGGAACCAAUUAAUCAAUUCGUUUACGAAAGGAAGGUGGUCAGGUGGUCUAAAUGAUCUUCAGGCCAAUUUUACGUUUCUCGGGAAUGUAAACAGAAUGUUAUUGACUAGUUUUACUAUUUCGCAAUCUGAAUCACAAUAUUUUCUUGACGUGAUUCCUCUACUAAUAGUAAUUUUUCUUACCUAUUACUGCGUUUUCCCUUGGUACCUCACGUGUUAUCAUAGGAUUUAUAAUUUUAUGAGUUUAUCUAGUUCGUUUCAGUAAGAUUCAUCCUCAUAUUAAGAAUUCAUUCCGGCCCAUGCAUAUAAUUGCAGUGUGUUUUUACGUGGUGUAUGUUAUUUCUUGACUGCAUGUGGUCGUUUGAACGUCUGUAUUGCCAUUUGAGCAGGAUUCGUACUACUUAACGGUGUUAAUACACAGACGAUGCAACCAUACAGAUCGGCUAAUAACCUAAUCUUUAUGAAACAGAUGUCCAACCGUGUUGUUCAUCGAUCACGUGAUAUUUUUGAGUUCUUGAUUUAGUGACUCGCUUUUAAGGUAUGUUAUCUUUA